AUGGUGAAAGAUAAAAAACAAAAGAGACCUUCAAAAAAAACACCAGCACCAUGCCCAUUAAGUACUAAAAAAACAGUAAAGAAAGAAAUAAAGAAGGAAAAGAAAAAGGGAAUUAGGGAUAAUCCAUUAAUUUUUGAAAAAAAAAAGAGAAGUAAUAUUAUUGGUGUUGGUGUACGACCAAAAAAAGAUCUAUCAAAAUAUGUAAAAUGGCCAAGAUUUAUUCGAAUUCAAAGAAAAAAAAAAAUAUUAUUACAAAGAUUAAAAGUUCCUCCUUCAAUUAACCAAUUUAAUCAUGUUCUUUCAAAGAGUCAAACUCAAGAUUUGAUGAACUUUUUAAAAGCAUAUAAGCCAGAAUCCAAAGUAGAUAAAAAAAAAAGAUUGUUAAAAAAAGCCGAAGAUGCCUUAAAUCAAGUUGUGACAAAGGAAAAGAAACCUUUAUUCAUUAAAUAUGGAAUAAAUCAUAUAACUAAACUAGUUGAAAAUAAAAAAGCAAAGCUUGUUGUGAUAGCGAAUGAUGUAUCACCAAUUGAACUUGUUUUAUUUUUGCCAACAUUAUGUAGAUUGAAAGAUAUUCCUUACUGUAUAGUUAAAGGUAAAGCUAACUUAGGGAGAUUAGUACAUAAAAAAAAUGCAACUGCUGUAUGCAUAGAAGCUGUAUCAAAAGAAGAUCAAGAAAAAUUAGAAUAUUUUUGUAAUUUAUGCAAAGAGAAUUUUAAUGACAAUGUUGAAAUAAGAAGAAAAUGGGGAGGACAAAAAAUGAGUGCUAAAUCUAUGUUAUUAAAGAAAAUGAAAGAUAAAGCAAAAAAAAUCGAAGAAGCAAAAAAAAAAGAAAUUUCCUCUAAAUUAUAG